AUGAAGGUCCUCAAUGCCAUGAUAUUAAGCGCUAUGCUGCCUUCCGCUCUUGCAGGCCAAUACUCCUUUAGCAAAUCCUGCUCCACCACCAACGGCGUCACCCGUUGCUGUCCAGGAAACAUGAGUAUGCGAUCCUCAAACGGCGUAUUAUCGGGUUACUGCUGCGUUCCAGUACAGAGGUCCAAGCGGGACAACGGAAGCCCUGACAAUAGAAUCGCCAUACCUCCUCCCCAUGCCAGGUCCCGUGUUGUGGCUAGAGACGGUCAAGGCCCAUGCUCAGAGGGCGAAGUUGCGGUGCCCGUUAAUGUGGAUGAUUUUGACAAGCGUAUUGACGGUUUAAUGGGGCGUAAGGGGGCUGGUAAUGGUCAAACUUCUGCGGGUGCUAAUAAGGGGAAUCCAGUCGCCUUUGCGGGUGCGCUGGGGAUGUUGGCUGCGGCGGGAGUGUGA